AUGACCAACGGCCACUCGAACGGAUCCAAUAGAGCAAAUGCAUCAUCCAGCGACGAAGACUCCCCGACUCGACGCCGUAGUGAUCCACGUCCAGCAUACAAACGCAAGAUGUCGACUCCAUUGGCCCCUCCGUUUAUGGUUUCUGCCCCCGGAAAGGUCAUUGUUUACGGCGAACAUGCUGUCGUUCACGGAAAGGCUGCUAUGGCUGCUGCCAUCUCGCUCCGCUCCUACAUGCUCGUCACCACUCUCUCGAAGUCUCGUCGCACUAUCACCUUGCGCUUCCGCGACAUCGACCUCCAUCACACUUGGGACAUUGACACACUACCUUGGGAUGCCUUCUCCCAUCCCGAUCGCAAGAAGCGCUACUACGAUCUCGUCACCCAGCUCGACCCCAUCCUUGUCGAGGCUAUGAAGCCACACAUCCUCAAUGUCUCUCCUCAUAUUCCCCUCCACGAGCAAAAGAUACACCAGGCCGCGGCAUCGUCCUUCCUCUACCUCUUCCUUUCUCUCGGCAACAAGUCUUCGCCUGCCACCAUUUACACUUUACGUUCUACGAUACCCAUCGGCGCCGGUCUCGGUUCCAGCGCCAGCAUUUCAGUUUGCAUAGCUACUUCCCUUUUAAUCCAGGCUCGCGCUCUUUCUGGUCCUCAUCCUGAUCAGCAGCCCGAAGAGGCCGAGAAACAACUUGAGAGAAUCAACCAGUGGUCUUUUGUCGGAGAGAUGCUCAUUCAUGGCAAUCCCUCAGGAGUGGACAACACAGUCGCAUCAGGCGGUAAGGCCGUCUUAUUCAAGCGUGCAGACUAUGCAAAGCCUCCAGUGGUACUGCCUUUACGAAAUUUUCCAGAGUUACCAUUACUGCUGGUGGAUACGAAACAACCAAAGAGCACUGCCGCAGAGGUUGCAAAGGUUGCAAGAUUGAAGAAGACAAACCCAAAAAUUGCCAACCAUAUUCUAGACGCCAUAGACGGGGUUACCGAGUCCGCAUAUGCUUUGAUCACAAGCCCAGACUUUGACCCUACAGAUCCCUCGGCACUCACUCAGCUAGGCGAACUUGUGUCGAUUAAUCACGGUCUUCUGGUCAGUUUGGGAGUCUCGCAUCCUAAGCUCGAGCGUUUGCGCGAGCUUGUCGACACAGCGGGAGCUGGGUGGACCAAGCUUACUGGUGCAGGUGGUGGUGGUUGUGCUUUCACUCUUCUCAAGCCAGACUUACCUUUGAUUGGCGAAGACAUGCCAGUCGCUGAAACGGCCAACUCACAAGCCGAGACACUAGCAAGACUCGAAAAAGAGCUUGAGAAGGAAGGCUUCGAGAAGUACGAGACGACGCUUGGGGGAGACGGCGUUGGCGUACUGUGGCCUGCCGUACUCGAUAACGGAAGCGAUGAACUUGGAGGCGAGGAAAUAGACGCAGAGAAGUUCGAAGCAGUCGAGGGUCGUGAAGGCGUUGAGAAGCUCGUCGGAGUUACAGGCGGAGUUCACGGAGGUGUAAGAGAAGGCUGGAAGUUCUGGAGAAUAUGA